CACUUACAUUUGUUUCCUCUUUUUUCUCCUCUUUUUAGUAUUUUUUCCUAAUCUCACUCUACAGAUCUCUCCACAUAAUCUCAUUCUCUAGAGAUCUCUGCGCCGUCUUUCUUUUUUCUCGGUUUUUGGGGAUGGUAGCGGAGUGCGGGUUUGUGACAUGGCUCGAGACGGCAUUUGAGACUUACAGUGUGGAUAUACCUGAGAAUAUAAAGGAGUUUGACAAUAAACAUGGUGCUACUUGGCAUUGCAUUUUUUGUCGCAACUUUGUUACAUUUCCUUUGCAGUUAGUAUAUAGCUAUCUCAGAUCUAGUCUUCCGGAAAUUGAAGCUCCUCCUCAUGCAUUUCAGAAAGUGGUAAAGGUUCUUGGAAAUGAUUUUGAUGGAGCAAAGAAAGGAAUUGUACUAGAAGAUAAUGUUGGCUUUAUCUCGUUUGAGAAAUUCAUGAGUACAAUCUAUAUAAGUGACUUAAGCAUUUAA